GAUAUCAGUCGAAUGAAAAGUGCCUAUUUUUGAUAUAAAGAGCACCGAAUUCUGCGUACAUUGAUGACAUUAACACAACACAUCGAUUGCUAUUCACACUUCCCGAAGCAAAAAAUAUGUGUAACAAAUACUUUCAUCUCCAUUUCGUCGAUGUUAGUUUCACAUCAAUUCUUUAAAUUCAGAUCAUCGAACAGGAAGUCAACUCAUUCCUAAUAUACGCUUCAUUUCAUGAAAUAAACAAAUGUUCAACGGAACGAACAUAUUAUUUGUUUAUUUUUCCAGUCCAGCGUUGUGCUGCAUGCGUACAUUCUAUAUUUAGGACGAACACGAUGCCGCCGGUUCGUUGCAAACACAUACAAUAAACCGUUUCACGAAAAAAAAAUUCCAUGCGAAACACCAAAACACAGAUGUGAUUCAGUUGACCACAGUAUGAAUUCAAUGUGUUGUUUUGGCAAGGAACAAUGGCAGUUCACAGUUUUAACGCUGCUACUGUGUCGAUUGCACGAAAAAUGGAUUUAGCCACUGUGGUUUCUGUUUCCGUAUUCAUUUUUAAUGAAAGAUCAGCAAAACUAGUGAUAAUCGUUUGUUCUUUUUCCACCGUAAGACAGUGAGUGUAUACAAUGGGACGAUUUUGUGUGCUAAAAAAGCAAAGACAUGUUUGCGGCGAAUUUUGUUCAUGUUACCGUUGUGAUACAAAACUAACUGGACAUUUGCAAAGUGGCACUGCUAACAUUUUGACACAACGAAAUUAGCGGAUCAUUUGACAGACUCGGUGACAUCGAUGAGUCGAUGUGAAUUUCAUCAUACGACCGCAACGAAACACAACGAAGCGAAUCGAAUUCAGUCAGACGAGUUGCAUUGCCUGCUGAUCCAAAAUGCCGAAGAGAAAGGGUACACCACUUCGCGGUAACCAGCGGAAAAAGAAGAAAAUAGUCAGCAAAACGGGUAUUGAAGGAGAAAUCGGCAUUCUAGCGAUAAAAAUGACAUUGAAGGCUAUCGUUCGACCACAAUAUUAUCAACAAGUGAAAGAUUGGUUCACCCAAAAGUCGAUUGAAUGCACCAAAAUCUGCGCGUUAGCUUCGCUGCUCUUCCUGUACAAAGUUAAGAGUGCCAACGAAAGUAAUAAUGCGGACUUCUUCAGUGGUGAUGGCAACAAGGAAAUUAAGGAUUGUUUUUAUGCAGUUUUACAAAAAAACAAAGAGAAGGAAGAAAUGGUUCCAGAUUUUCGUGAUUUCGUGGAGAAUAUGGAGGCCGAAAACCGAUUCAGUUGGCCGGGUAAUAGCUUCUUCGGAAACCAGAUGCAAUACCUCUACAAGCAAUACACCACGAAUUUGCGCAACAAUUUGGAGAUGCAUGCCGAAAGACGCCUGUACCAAUAUCUCAUAAUGCGUGCGUGGCAAUUUAACGCUGUUUCAACUGGCCCCACAUUACGCAACGAUGAUAUCAAGCGUGCCGUGCAAUGGACCAUCGAUCGGUAUGAUCCCAUCAAAACAACCGACCGACAUUGGGAAGUAAAGUGGGAGAAGCGCCAAUUGCUUCUCGAUAUGAUUGCGGAAAUUGGCGGGCCAGAAGAUAAUGAUGUCGCAAUAUACACAACAUCGGAAGGAACAUGGUUCAAAUCAAUCAACAUGUGGUUGACUAUGCAAAUGGAGGUGGACAAUUUCCACAUUUGGGCUGAGGAAAAUGGCAUUGAAAUUCCGAAGAUCAAAAAUCUCAAAGUCAUUCCGAUUCAUCAGUUCAUGCGACAGCACGUGAAAAUGGAGACGGACGUUCUCAUUCGAAUGAUGUCCGAAAUGCGAUUCAGAUUACAUGGUCUAAUAAUCAAGUACGAAAUUGUGGAGGACCCCAUGACGCAGUGUUGGGAUGAGAUUUUCGAUAUGCCAAAGAUACAUCGCCUGUUGAAAUCAAACAAACGUUUCCGGCCCUACAUUGCCUCGAAUGGUCAAGCGGUAUCCAUUAUGUACGAAGUACCGAAGAGUCACCUGGAUCGUUUAGUAGACGAUGAAAUCGUGCGGAAACGGUAUCGUGAUGGUGUGUACGUAUACGAGAUUGGGAUUGAUCCCGGCAUGCGUACCUGGAACGCGACAGUCAGACGGAAUAUCAAAACUGGCAAAGAGAUCAACUUCACGGUCAGCUCGAAGAGGUACCAUUAUCUGGCCAGGCAGGGUGUUCGGGAUAGGAAGGCAAAGCGAUGGACAAGGCGAUUUGUGGCCGAAGAACAGCAUGACCGUGAACGCUAUCAACGGAUGCCAUCGCCAAAAGGUGAAAAUUGGGGGUCUUACAUCGCACAUCGUUUGACAAUGCUGAAGAAAGGAAUUGAGACGUAUACAACAGAAAAAUACGCCCGUCUGCAAUUUGACAAAUACAUCCAAUCAAACCGUGCAACCGAUAAGAUUGCUAAUUUACUGACAAAUCGCAAACCAUCCAUCAUUCACAUGGGAGCCGUUGAUAUGCCGGCGAAUUCUCCGAUCCGAAUCAAGAAACAUGUUCGUUGUCCAGGCAACCGUAAGUUGGCAAAGAGCUUCAGAAAGAUUCCGAACACCGUCGUGCGACAAGUCAACGAGAACAGAACAUCACAGCUUUGCGGUAGAUGUUUCACCCCGUUCGACAUAGCAACACAACGUGAUCGAAUGAAAGUAUGCGAAUGGUGCCUGCCAGAUAACGAUGAUUGGCCACCAAAUUUGCAGUUACCAACGAAAAUCGUGUCGAAGAAGAGCAAGCGCACGCUGAUAGCGGAUCGACAACGAAUGCGUGAAGCAGUGGAACAGGAUCCAAAUCAAGCUGAACGUUUUGUGUCUAAGGUGAUUUCAUACCAGAAAAACUGGCAACAAAGCGCAGCAAUCGAUGAGGACGCGGACCCUGCCGAGCAAGAGGAUGCAGCAGAGUCACAUGAUCGUCGCAUUUUGAAGACUUGUUGGCAUCGAGACAUCACUGCUGCGAAGCUGAUCUUAUACAAAGGCCACUGUCACCUCUUCGGAAUUCAGCUGCACUUCAUGUUCACAAUUGAACGAAUCAGAUAGAAUAAGAAAUAAGAAAUGUCAAUUAGAAUAGAAUUUUUUCAAACAACAUUUUUGUAAUAGCGUAUUACAUACUGCUGGAGUCGACUUUGUGACCCAGAACUUGAAAUGAGUCAGAAGAGCGUAUAUAUGUGUUGAUCGUUCCAUGUCUAGUGGACUUUACGUGCUAUAUGCGUUAUUUCCCAUACACUCAUUGAGAGAUUGAGCACGGGGGGUUGAUAUCAUUAAAUGGGUGUCUGUUUAGUUUAAAGAGGAAACUUCCUGCACUGUUUGAUGACAAUAACACAUACACAGCAAUUGAUAGUCAGACUUUACAACAGUUUUUUGUUUCGGGAAGUGUGAAUAGCAAUCGAUGUGUUGUGUUAAUGCCAUCAAUGUACGCAGAAUUUGGUGCUCUUUAUAUCAAAAAUAGGCACUUUUCAUUUGACUGAUAUCAAAAACACCCUAGUGUUCACCGUGUCGGACUUGUAUACGAUUCAAACAUGGAACAGUAAGAGUGAGAGAAAAAACAAUGCUUAGCAUUGCUUACCCUUCAUCUCAUUGAAUGUGACUGUGUUGAAGUAGUUUCAGAUGAUUUUAUACAAUAUACAUACCUUUACUCAACAGCAAUGCGUUCCAUUGCGGAUGACAUUCGAUGUCCGUUAUGUCUAAAUUUAUUCGCAUCAAAUGAGCAAAUAUAAUAGCGAAUUCACAUUUGAAUGUGUUGAUACUUCAAAGUCUCGUUCCAACUGCAGUGUCGAUUAGAAAUAUCUCAAGAUUGAAAAAAUUCCAAAGAAAAUAAGCGUUGCUACUUCAAUUUCCAAGCGAUUCAUUCACUACAAACAUUUACAUUAAAAAUUGCUUAUUGAACAUCA